GACGUGUCAUCGAUCGGGGAUCGAGCACGAUCGACGUCCGUCGUCGUCGGCCGGUUGCUGACAGCCGACGUCAACUUCGCCGAAGGAGGCAAGCGCGACGCGGCGGCGGCGGCGGCGGCGGCGGCAGCAGCAGGAGGUGCGAACGAGGCUCAUCGCGCUGCGGGAUCCGCGGCAGUGCGGAGACGGUCGAGAAGGUGUUGUUCAGUCACAAGUCCAGGAUUCUCACCCCCGGAGGCGGCGCCAUCUCGCCCGGGGGCGCGGGGCCACCCGCGAGCCCAUCGCCGGGGCACUAUCAUCCACCUACGCACAGUCCGCCGCUGGUCAAGAUUGGCUCGGUCCACGCCCACCAGCCGAACAAUAACCACCACCACCAGCAUCAUCAGCAACAGCAGCAGCAACAGCAACAACAGUCGUCGAGUCAACCGCAGGUGCCGACCGGUGCGGGAGGGGGUGGCGGGCCGGGGGGCGGCGCGGUGGCCAGGGCCGGAGGCAUGUUCUGCUACCACUGCCCCCCGGGCCUCCCGGCGCCGCGAUUACCGCCGUCCCUGGAGUAUCCUUUCGCCCCGACGCACCCCUACACCAGCUACUCCGCCUAUCACCCGGCACUGCACGGAGUCGGCGAGGAUUCCUUCGUGAGGAGGAAACAACGGCGGAACAGGACGACUUUCACUCUGCAGCAAUUGGAGGAGCUCGAGUCCGCCUUCGCGCAGACUCACUACCCGGACGUCUUCACGCGAGAAGAUCUGGCGAUGAAGAUUAAUCUCACGGAGGCCAGAGUUCAGGUGUGGUUCCAAAACCGCCGGGCGAAAUGGCGUAAGAGCGAACGGCUGAAGGAGGAGCAACGCAAACGCGAAGGCGGCAGCGCCGCUGGCAACGGCGGUGGUAGCGGUAGUUCCAGUGUUGGUAGCGGCGGCGGCGGCGGCAGCGGAGGCAGCGGUGGUGGUGGCGGCGGCGGCGGCGGCGGCGGUAACGUGGAGUCUUCAGCUUUAACCGCGCCGACGUCUUCGUCAGCGGGUCCAAGUCCCACGGGGAACGACCCAGAAGGUACGACCAGCAGCAGCGCCGCCGACACGGAGGACGCCGUGCCGGAGGGUGGUGGCGGCUCCAGGAGCCCCAGCACGACUUCCGCCUCGGUCAGUCCUCGGCCCCAGCCAAGUCAGCCGUCCCUGAGUGGCGUCUCGACGCCACCACCGACCCCCAUAAGGGCGCCACCGCCGUCAGCGAGCACCGUGGGGGGCCUCGGACCGCCCGCCGAGAGCAGCACGGGAAUAGGCGCGGGUUUCAGGCCGGUGGAGCCGCCGACGUCGCUCUUCUUCUCGCCGCACCUGGCCGCGCAGUUCUCGCCGCCGCUGUUCGCCAACAAGGUGGUCAGCAGCGCUGCGUCGACAUCGCUGACCUCGACGACGCCGUCGCUGUGGACCAGCAGCGAGCACCGGCCGGGCAGUCUGCAGGAGAUGCUCUCUUGGUCGCCGACCGGCUGGCCCGGCUCCAUCUGCGGCUGCUGCAAGCCCGGCACCGGCAGCGACCUCCACCGCAGCAACAGCCUGGCCGAGCUCCGCAGGAAGGCUCAGGAGCACUCGACGGCCUCGGCGCUACUCGGCGGCCUCGCCGGCUUCCCCGGCGGUCUACCUCUGCCCUUGCCUCUGCCGCUGCUGCCGCCGUUGCUGGGGCUCUCCAGGCGACCGGAGCACCAUCACCACCAUCACCUACCUAGCGUGGUGCACCAGAUACAGCCCAGCACCAAGGAGGAUCCCUAGGAUCUCCGCGCCGAAGUCGUCGUCGUUGUCGUCUCGUAGACACGGUGUAGUCGAAGCCGAAAGCGUUCCGAACGCUCGCAAAUCGCGCUGGUCCGGGCGGUUGACGCGAUACGGUCGCGGUGAGUCGCGGAUGUCGAGACCGCGUAUGAGAGAGAGAGGAGAGAGAGAGAGAGAGAGAGAGAGAGAGAGAGAGGGAGAGAGAGGAAGUCUCUGCUCGUGCAGGUCGUUGAACAGUGACCGGACGGAAACUCGUUGAUGGGAAACGAUUGAACGUCUGAACGUUCGACCGUAACACGAUACGUCUGUUGAACGAUAAAAGGUUCAUUGAAAAAUAGCGAAUCGUUCGUCGCAAUCGUCUCGUGCUCCUUUUCGUUCUUUCUUCAACGUUUUGCUUUUCGUGAGCAAUUUGGAGCGCGGGUGGAACAGGAGUUUACUGUUAUCGUCGUGGUUACAACUCGCUCGGGAUUACCGUUCUCUCUCUCUCUCUCUCUCUCUCUCUCUCUCUCUCUGCGGCAAUCUUGCUAUCCCUACGACCGAGUUUUCGUCCGGUCUCGGCAGGCGACAGAAAAUCCACCGCACGAACCGGUUUCUUCUGUCUGCGCGGGCAUGAAGAGUCCUGCGUUGCACGUCAACCAACGUUGGGUCCAGACGCGGAGCGGCCGGGGCUUCGCGUCCUCCUCCGUGUCUGCGGCGUCGAAAACUGGACUCGUCGACACCGCGUCGCUCAUGAGCCUCUGGUUUCGAGUUCGUUCUUACGAUCGCAUCCUGAUUUCUCGUAUCUUCCCGAUCUCGGUGGAACACCGACGGUGUCCGAGCAGACGACGAGUGUAAGUAUCUCGACUGUUCGAAGGACGUCGUUCACCGUCGCUUUUUCUCGGCAAGGCGCAAAUUCGCUCCUCGACAUCCUUGAAGUUUGUCGCUUCGGCGCCGAUCACCUGGGCUUGAAGUCUCGCUUGUCGACGGAGCGAAGCGAGAUACACACAUACGUUCGCCGACAUCACCGAGUCACACGUGUGCGAGAAAUGAAGCGUCGAACAAUGCAGCACCGUCGAUCAAUCCCGCAGAUUACUUGGUUACAACCGCGGACAGUGUAAAUAGGCGCGGCGCGCAUCUCUCACGAUAAUCUUCAGUAGUACCCACUCAUCCACACGCAUAAACCUCUUCUUCUCGCAUAUAUUUAAUCCACGAUAACGUUCGAAUCUCCAUUCUACGCGGAGUGCUCGUUUAUUUAUUGCCUUAUUGCCUCGUGAACUCGCGAGCCCGACUCAUUCACGCUACACCACUACCACCACACACUACCACGUUUCCACGAGAGAGAGAGAGAGAGAGAGAGAGAGAGAGAGAG